GAUCAUCCAGGAUGCUGUCUAGAUGAUUGUUGGGUACUGUCAAUCAAUCGUGCCUGCGCUGUCAUUUUUGAACCCGUCUCAACUAACGCUUUACUGAAGCCGAGUUUUCUGGGGUGAGAUCUGCGAAAGGUUACUGAAGCCCUCAAUUGCACUUCUGUCGGAAAAGUUCGAUGAGUAGCUAGAAAAUGUUGUGCACUUUUGCCAGCGUUUUGGUUUAUCCGCGCAUUACGUCGCGGAUGAGGUGCUGGGGGCUGUGCGCUGUGGGCCAUCUGUUUCCUUGUUGAUCGCAGCGAAGACUUGCUUGGUGUGGGCAGUUCAGUUGUUUCUUCUCAGCGCCUCUUUCGCGGCACCUGUGUGCGAGGUCUGGCUUCCAUGUGCGUUGAGCAAUUCAGGCGGGGGCUAGUUCGCAUGCUGGCAUUUUCUUUUUUCCUUUGCGCGUUUCUCGGAUUCUGACAAUUGCAUCCGAAUGCAGUCCUCUUUGCCAAUCCUCGCCAUCCAUCUUGGUCGUCUUAACCAAGGAAGUCAGUUUUUUUUUCUUCCCCCUUCUCGCUGUGCACUUGGAUGGGCGUGGACCUUCUCACAUGCCGGCGUCUUUGAAGGGAUCAGCAGGUUUCAGUCUGGGGAUCUAAAGGUUUGUGCAGGGUCUAAGAGCAGGCGUGGAUAUGACGAUGAUCAAAGCGAUCUGUAAGAAGCAAGGCUCGUGUCCCUUCUGUUGCGUACAUACUCACCGCUAGCAAUUCAUUCAGGUAGACGGAGAUGAGGUAGGGGACUGAGUUUCAAUCACGUUCAUGGGUGCUUCCAUUGUUUGUUAUGGCAGGUUUCACCAAUGCUAGCAUUUCUGCACAUCCGUCGCCAGGAGUAUGGACAAAUCACUUUGCAAAUGCGGCAGUAAAUGCAACUGCUGAACUAUGCUCAAACCAUAUAAUAUUCAAAGCAGAGCCUUCAUGGUGGCUAUCAGCUCGCGCGAUUCUUUACGGUUUAUGUCUUCUUUACUGCUUCGUGGGCUUGGCAACUAUCACCAACCUCUUCAUGCAGGCAAUGGGAACAAUUGCAAAUCGAACUCGGAAGAUUGUUCGUCACAACGACGAAUCAGGAAGUGAAGAAGUAGUGCAUGUGAGGGUAUGGAAUCCAGUGAUUGCAGAUAUCACUCUCUUAGCACUGGGGACCAGUGCUCCUCAAAUAUCGCUUUCUAUUAUUGAUGCUAUCCAACAGAUUGGGCAGAAGACUAAUGCAGGCUUAGGUCCGGAAACUAUUGUUGGCUCUGCAGCAUUCAACCUAUACCCAAUUUUGGCCGUAUGCGUUCUUGUCCCAAAAGCUGGAUCUGUGAAACGCAUUCAGAACGUUGGAGUUUGGAUCGUAGAACUUUCUUGGUCGAUCUGGGCCUACGUCUGGCUUGCAAUUAUUCUGCAGGUUUCUUCUCCCAACGUGGUGGAGCCAUGGGAGGCUAUGUGCACAGUUCUUCAGUUUCCCAUUCUUAUGACCCAUGCCUAUAUACAAGACAAAGGCUGGGGAAACUUUUGCCGGCCUCUUUGGCCAUGCAUGCAUGUUUCAUGGAGUCCCUUGAAGGACUUUUCUCUGUCAGUUCAUAAUGGGACUGUACACGAUCAGUCCACUGCGUACUCUUCUAGUCCUAGAGUCGACUUGGAGCAGCAUAGAUCUGAAUGGGAGCUAGUAGACUUGCAGCAUCAACCUAAGCAAGAAAUUAGGAACAGGGUCACAUGUGAUGAUCAUCCGAUCAAGCCGAUUGAAUGGCAGCAGGUCGCAGUUGCAGUUGACAAAAAUGAAGACGAGAAUGAUCCAGGGAGCAAUCAAGAGUUUCUUAAGCAGCGAUUAGCCUACGAUAUAUACGAGCAAACCUCCAUGUGGACUUAUAUUUAUUCCACCUGGAAGAAGCAAUUUCUUGACGUCAUUGUCUUCCAGGGGCAAGUGGACGACAGUGGGAAGAAUCUGGCGCUGACAGCUGUCGAGUUUAUCGGUUAUUUGAUCACUCUACCGUGGCGUUUUAUCUUUGCUUUUCUUCCACCUCCUUCCCUGUUACAUGGAUGGGCGGCUUUCUUGUGUGCACUGGCACACAUUACAGUAAUUGCCUGUUUCCUGAUCAAACUGACUAAUCUAUUUGGUUGCGUUACAGGUAUCUCAAAAUACACUCUGGCCUUGACGGUCCUGGCAGCCGGUACCUCCUUGCCUGAUCUAAUAGCAAGCAAAAUCGCUGCCGAAAUUCAACCAACGGCAGAUUCAGCCAUAGCUAACAUCAAUGCAAGUCUCUUGAAGUCUUACCACAUUCUACUGGCGAUUGAUUCCAGCAACUGCAUCAACGUGUACGUGGGCAUCGGCAUUCCAUGGCUAAUGCAAUCUUUCUACAACUGGAUUCAUUUGAAAGAAGAGUUUCGAGUGCCCUCUGCCGGCCUGGGCUUCGCUCUAGUUCUUUUCUUUGUAACCUUUGCUAUCUGCCUAGUUGUUAUCAUCGCACGGAGAUUCCUUUUCGGAGGAGAGCUGGGAGGACCUCGGAAGUGGGCGUGGGUUUCUUCCUUCUGCUUCCUGUCUCUGUGGCUCAUUUUUGUAAUCUUCUCAUGUCUUCGAAACUACCAUCAUCUGUAGGCCAUCAGUCAGGCUAGGAAGGAAAGCUGUCGAGAACAUUCAAUCAGAGACAGUUCUGAUGCAGGUUGUGCUGCGUAGCACCUCAAAACAUUUGUGUCCAGGUAGCAGCGCUCUUGCUUCACAAAGUCAGGAUGGCUGUAUCUGGUAGUGUAAAAUGCAUGUGUACAAAUUGUACACAGCAUUGGUUACUUCCACUUUCAUGCUUCAUAACUCCUGAUAUUAGUAACAAGUAUGAUCGCAUGAAUGACCUUGCCUCCACGAGUGCUAUUGUCCCAAGACAAAGCAUUUGUCUCGGCGUCUCUCCAUUUAUUCAUUCAUUCAUUUAUUUA